CACCAUAUGCCGGAUUCUUCAGGAGCCUCCAGCAAUGGAUUUUCGUAUUGAUCACCCGUUUACCGUAAUAACCUCUGAACCAUCCGAACCCUGGACCACUUUGGCCGAAGCAAUAGAGUUGGGCGUUACGGUUUUCGUUGUCGAUGAAGGUGCCAUCAUGCGAUUCCUGGACAGCUACAUACCAUUGCAUGAUGAAGCGAUGUUUCGACGCCCGGAAAAAUACGCCCUAUUUGUGCUUUACUCUGAGGGUGAAAAGGCAGACGACAUGGUACGGAACAUCCAACAGCAUCCCACUAUUCUGGAGAUUGUUCAUCUGCUGAUCAUUCGACCAGAUAAAGGCUCGUUUGAUUUGUUAACGCAUCGUUACGUUGGAAAUAUUCCGGAAUCGUUGGACAUUUUGAGGUUGGAUACGUUUUUAAGCGAAUCUUUAACAUUUGAGGAAGGGGCCAAUUUGUUUCCCAAUAAAUUGGAGAAUCUUAUGGGGAAAACGAUAAAACUGGCUGCAUUUUUCCUGUUGCCUUGGAUAAUGAUGCGGCAAGACGAUGAUGGAUUGGUGUAUUACUUGAACGAUAAAUACACGAUCGAUGGCUUGGACGGAUACGUUGUUAUAGAGUUCUGCAAAUGGAUAAAUUGUACUUGGGACUUGAAAGCUGAGCAAAACAACUUACAGUACGGAAGAGUGUUCGAAAACCGUACCGGUGAAGGCAUGAUGGGAUCACUAGUUAUUCGUGAGGUGGAUUUCGCAAUUUCAGCCGUCGGUACAUGGUGGCAACUUUUCGCGUACUUCAGCUUCACCGGACCAAUCCAGUGGCUAGGAAUUACCUGUUUGACUCCAAAACCGAAGUUGAUGCCUUCAUGGAGAAUUAUAUUCAUGAUGUUUACAAAAACCGUAUGGGGGAUGGUAAUUCUUGCCUUUGUCGUGUUCUCCCUCUUUGAGUAUUUUCUACCGAGUAACUUCGAUGGGAGGCCUAAACGAAGAAGUCUCUCUUUGAGUUUCAUGAACGUUUUUGCCGCUAUAUUGCUACUGCCCGCUAGCACUAUGCGCAGUGGAAGAGUAUCGGAGAUGAUUUUGUCUACGACAGUUUUGCUGUUCAGUCUUUUGGUUGCAUACGUAUACAUUGGCAAGAUCCAUAGCAUUCUGGCCGUUCCUGUCUUUCUGGCACCGAUCGAUACAGUGGAGGAGCUGGCAAACAGUAAAAUGCACUGGAAUGCCCCGCAUGAAGCUUGGAUGUACAUGAUUGAAACCAGCGAAAAUCCCUACAUUAAAAUGUUGCUGAAAACAUUUCGGGUCAUUCCACGUCCCUCACUGAAACUCCUCGCAGAUGUUGGAGAAGAACCAAUCGUGAUGGCGCCUAUGUUGAACGGUCACUACAUGGUGGGAGAUUGGUUGACUUCGGAGAACAUCGAAAACUACCGGGCCAUGUCGGAGUUGCUGUACUACGAAUACGACACCGGAUACGCCACCAAAACUUGGCCACUGCUGGACAGCUUCGACUAUAUAAUGAUGUGGAUCCGCGAUGCUUGCCUGUUCAGAUACGUAGAGCAGACCGACGUCUUUCGGUACAUGAACAUCCGAGUACAGAUCUCGAUUCAGCAUUCCCGGGAUAAGCAACCGAACAAAAUGGAAGCGAUGGAAGUGGAGGAAAUUGCCGGAGGUUUGCUCAUGCUGGGUCUGGGAAGUGUGACUUCAUUUGUGGUUUUCAUUCUGGAAUGUAUCUUUAAACGUUUGCAGCGUAUUCGAUAUGCUAAAAAGUUUGCGUCAGUGUGGAUGAAAAGAUCCUUGAAUGGCAAAAAGGUUGAAAAAGCCAUGCUGGAAUCAACAGGAAACUCAACAAACGAUCAGUUGUGGUUAGGGGUAUCCACGGUGUUAAAUCUGAUAGUGGUACAGUAUUUUGAGCAUCUUCAUAGCACUUGUUUUUUCUAUAAUGCCUCGGAUGGAGAUAUUUUCGGAGGCUUCAACAGCCCUCAUCCCUCGAUUUGGAUGGACUUGACGGCCGUUGAGGAUAAAACGCUUCUCUCGAGCAUUGAAAACGGAUGCCAGGGAUUUGUUCUCACUCAAGACGCAUCCUUGAGUUUCUUAGAUCGAUAUAAUUUUCUCCACGAUCGAACCAUUCAAAGGUAUCCCGCGAAAAGGUUUGUAUUCCUACCUGAUCUGGAAAAAGCAGACUCUGUGGACAUAACAGCAAUCCUGGAACACGACGCAGUUCAUGAUAUGCCAAAUCUGCUGAUUGUGUUUCCCGUGGAACCGAAUAGGAUUGAACUCAUAACCAAUCGCUUUUCGGAUAUCCAAAAUUUCAAUGAACCUAUUCUGCUCGAUUGGUUUGAUCCUGGAAAUGAUACCUUUGCCUAUGGUUUUGAUCUGUUUCCGGAUAAAAUCAACGAUCUUCGUGGUCGCUAUCUAAAACUAGCCAUAUUCAACUACUCACCGUACACUCGGUGGAAUAUGGUCAAUUCGAGCGAAGAAUCGAACGCCGAUUAUGGUCACGACGCUAUACUAGCGAUCGAUGGUACAGAAAAUCUUUUAGUUUUGGAGUUCUGCGAACGUUAUAACUGCACGUUAGAAAUUUCAUUGGAUGAAGAAGGAGAAUGGGGCGAAAUCUACGACAAUCGUACCGGAAACGGUAUCAUUGGAGCAGUGGUUGAGCGGCGUGCUGACAUCGGAGUGGGUGCCCUAUAUUCCUGGUAUCAUGAGUUUACUUUCCUGAGUCUGUCGAAGCCGAUUUCCAGAUCCGGAAUUACCUGUAUAACUCCGAAACCUAAGCAGCUAAGCAGUUGGAUGAUUCCUAUAUUACCGUUUGCUUCGACUCUUUGGUUGGCGGUUUUUGUAACGUUUGUACUAGUCGGGUUCAUCGCAACAGCUCUGAACUACAUGGUUUUGAACGUGAUCAAACGACAGAAAAGACGAAUUGACGUUUGUGAAACCUACAUGAUCGUCGGCAGCAUUUUCAUCUUGCAAACAGUGUUGAUCCGUCUUAAUCGAAACAAUUUUGUUUCGCAAAUGAUACUGGUAGGAUCGCUACUUUUUGUCGGCCUCAUGGUGGGAAAUGCUUACAGUGGAGGGUUGUCCAGCAUAAUGACCAUCCCGCGCUACGAAAACCCAAUCGAUACGGUGCAAGAUCUGGCCGAUAGCGACAUGCACUGGGCAUCAACUCAUGACGCGUGGAUUUUCUCGAUUCUGAUGGCUACUCAACCUAUGAUUUUGAAGCUAUUGGACAACUUUCGAACGUACCCCAAGGAAGUUCUACAUGGUCACACGAAGCAGCAGGAUCUUGCCUACAGCAUCGAGCGAUUGCCGUACGGUCAUUUUGCGAUUGGAGAAUAUAUCGACGAGGAAGCUUCGACGGAGUUUCAUCUCAUGAUGGAGGAUAUCUAUUGGGAGAAUUGUGUUAUUAUGAGCAGCAAAACCUGGCCCAUGAUGAAACAGCUGGACUAUCUUAUUCUGUGGAUAUUUCAAACGGGAAUUCAGCGACAGUGGGAGCAUAGGGUUGUAUCAAAGUUCGACAACAACAAAGUCCAGCUGGCUAUUGCCACAUCUCGUCACAUGCAUAAUGAUGGACCCGUUCGGCUGCAACCGUCCCAUCUUCUUGGGGCCUUCCUCAUGUUGGCAAUAGGACUCGUUGGAGGGAUUUUGGUGUUUUUCAUCGAAUGUGUAGUGGAAAUAUCUCGACCCCGAAAAAUCAAUGAUAACCGUAAGCGAUUGUUUACCAAGAGUGAGAGCUUUCCGUAAUAUCUAAUAUAGUAAUAAAACCAAUAUACCUCACUCUUCAAAAACCAAGGCGACACAUUAAGCACGCCAUCUUGUGGAGAAAGUUCCUAAUAUCAUGUACCUACAUUGACGAUCUAAACUACCAUUAUCAGAUUUCUGAUUUGGUAAAGGUGUUUCUGCCCAUGGUUGGAGGUGAUGGUAAUACUACCAGUGACUUUAGUAGGAACUUUCGACAGUAGGUGGAGCUCAAAUGAAUGUGUUUGAUGAGGUUUAUGGAGAAGGCUGACACUGAGGUAUAUAUGUAUUAUUACUAUAUUUGGUAAAACAUUACCAAAAAGGUAUAAAAAUAUUGAAAACUAAAAAGUAUACUAAAAUCCUAUACAA